GAUGACAUCACUUUGUUUAGAAUUGCUUGUCCUGUUUGACUCCUCCCUCCUCCUACGAAGCCUUCUUCACUAUAAGUAUGAAUCCCCGGCACUUUACUACCAACUGCUUCGAGAUUUCGCAUCACGACAGAAGAAAAAAAAAAUACAACAUGUGUCCAGAAACGGAGUGCGGAAUCUGCUACCGAUCUUACAACCUCGGUCGUCGGUGUCCUCGCCAGCUGUGCUGCAAACACACGUUUUGUGAGAGCUGCCUGGUGACGCUCGCGGGGUCCGUGGAGAGCCCUGAACCCCGCGUAAUGUGUCCCCUGUGCCGUCACUCGACUCCGCUGACGAAGGCGAGAAUCCAGGAGAACCUACCGAUAGACGAAGACAUUUUUGAUAGACUAGUUACCGCGGGCAGCGUGGAGGAAUGUGCGGAUGACGAUGAAGACACCGAUAAGCCAAACCGGGACGUGGUCAUCCUACCAAAAGAGGACGUCCCGCCGCCGCCAAGAUCGCGAAAAGGACACCUGAGGCAAUGCUUAAGUCGCCUGUGCAAAAAAGUCACCGGGGGUGCGCGGAGAAAUUGUUUGACCGAUGAAGACUUGAGGGACCUGGCAAGGAUGGUCGGCUACAUGAUGUGAAAGACAACAUUUCAAGUUGUUGAUUGUCAUUCAGACAAUCCUUAGGCCAAAAGAUGCAACCAAACACAAUUAAGGGAACAGAUGAAACCAUUUAAGUAUGAUCAAUAUUGAAAAACACUGGUUUACUGCUAAUCUGAACAUAUGGGUGGAUGUGUCCCCUUCUGUGACUGUGGGGGUCACUGCCCUGCCUCCAGGUUAUGGAUGACACCCCGCAGAGGGAUCCUGGAUGAUGUGUUUGGGAGCUGAAGCGGUGGAAUGUCACCUGUGAAGGAGGACUGUUUGCUGUCGGGUGUGGCUUGUCACCAUAACAGACGUUUAGGAUUGUUAGCAACCUAUAAACACAGCAACAAAAACGUAAAAAAAAAAAAGACCCACCCUUCCAGUAUAGCUUUAGGCCAAUGUUUUUGGUGCUGUCUUUGCUGUUACAAAAGACUGUAACGAACAAGUUUUUUUUUUAUAUAUAUAAUUUCUAUGAAACAUUACUUGUGUUUAAUAAGUUUAAUAAUAAAAAAGUUUGGUUUUCAGUGUUACAUUUGUAUCAGAUGACAGAACUUGGAUUAUAUUUAUCUUUUUAAACAAGUUUCAUGAUUAUUUUUUUAAAAAUGUGUAUAAGUAUUUUAUAUUUUAAGAAGACAUUAUAGGAUUACUGUAUACUGAUGUGUACCAAAUAAAUAUUUUUAUAAUUUUUAUGACAGGUUUAGCACAUUGUCUUUUUUUAAUCACUACAUAUACUUGUUUUAAAGGAAAGGACAGCGUAACAAAUUUUCAUCAUACUUUCAGAACUCAUAAAAUGUGAAUGUGCAAAUGUGCACGUCUUUAGCUUUAAAUGUAUUCAGGUGAGUCUCAUUAGUGAUCACCAGUAUCCCGAUCAACGAUAUUAGCGUUUUAGUGAGCCAACAUUAGGAGGCUAACUUUGAGCAGGUGGUGCACGAAAGCACAAGCGCAUUAGUCCUUAAAACAUGUCUCUUCAAUUCUAUCUGAGACUGGCUUUGGUUGGUUUGAUUCUUUCUGUUGUGGCAUGUUUGCCUGAUGUGUCAGUUGUGCCCUUAGGAGACAUCACAGAUGAUUCAAAGAUCAAAAUACAAGUGUUGGAAAAUGUCAAAAGUGUUAGUCCAGCCAUUCAAAGUCCAGUAAGAGGCAGACUUCAAAGGCAGUUUUUACAACAAUUUAACAGCAAAAAUCAGCUACCCAGGACCAACCUGGCCUCAUACAGCCAGAGAAAUGAUGGCAAUGCAAAAAAUCCAAGCUUCAGCCGCACUGACACAAGAGCUUCUUCAGAUGUUCUCUAUUACCAUUCAGUCCCAAAUAAAGUCCAGACCAAUACCAAUCGCAGAAAUAAUCCUGUUGAAUUUUCAAGUGUCAAAUUUAAUGAUGGAAUUGAUGCUAAAAGAAGCUAUGCUUUGCAAACAGUCAGACAGGAUCAAAAUCUGUUCGACUUUAAAGGGAGCCAAAUGGGCUCUAGCGAUCCAAAUAUAGCCCAAAGGCUAGUGAGGAAAAAUGGUGGAAUGCAUGCAGCCAAUCUGGAUAGAUCUGGCUCAUUUGGAUAUCAGAAUAUUUUGAAAUCAGAAAGUUCACAACCAUUACGACGCAAUGAACCCUAUUUGAGGAAUAAUAUUCCAUCUGAAUAUAUGUCUAGAAGCUCAACUGUAAACCAAAUGAGGCACAAAAGUGAUAGAAACAUGCUGUUUGAUCAUUUACCUCAAAACCGUGGCCAGAAUCCAAACGUGCUGAGGAAUACAUCUCCCUCAACUGUUAGAGCAAAUCAACAAGAGAGCAAACCAUUACCACAUACUUCUUCUGCUGGGACUGCAGUCAUUUCUCACAUAUCCUAUGCGAAUACAAGGGAUCUAGCUCUUUCCAAGGUGUACAAACCUCCAACAAUCCCGACCGCAAUAUCUCCUGGCUUUACGGGAUCAAAUUCAAAUAGAGGUCAUGACAUCGUUCCGUUAAAAAAAUCUCUCCUAUUUUCUUCUCAACGUGAUCGUGUCAAGCUGUCUGAUUCUGAAAGGGUUGCUAGUCCCAAAACAAAAUCGGCCACGAGCAGCUACACUUUCAAGGACGAUCAGUUGAAAUCUACACAAAAUGAGUACCAAAAUAGGGGACAAAGUAGGCCGAAUCUUGCGCAUAUUCAAACAUUUCACAGUCAAAAGGAGUAUGAUAAUUUGGCUACAGGUAAAUCUGCCUUCAGGCCAUCAGUGACCAAUAAUGCCCGUUCUUACUUCCUAUCAGAUGAGAACAGUAGCAUCCAGAUGUCUGCGUUACUCGACCGGUCAAAACAUAACACGGACUUGACUCCACAAGGGCAGUUUGCAAAAAAAACAAUGUUAGUUUCACAACGUGCUAAAAAUAUGAACCUACCAUACACAACAAAUCGUUCAUUAAAGUCAAGUCAGCAUAACAUCCGAAAUAAGGCCGAUCUGAAUCAAUCAUUAUUCGUUCAAAGUUAUCCUGCACUAAAUCUUAUGCCUGGUAACACAAUAGAGAGCGUCCACCGCGUUAGUCCAUCUGUGGCAGGCACUCAAGGCACAUCAGAAAAUUCAGGUACAUCUAGUAGCCAAAACAGACCAUAUUAUCUAACUUCUGAAAAGCCAUAUGCUUUUAAAGGUUUCGCAUUUGUCCCUUCAUUGCAGACAUUUGUACAAAAAACCGAAAUGCACUCUGGCCAAAAACCUCUCUCAAAUUCUGUGCAAUAUGCACCUACUCGUCCACAUGCAACCUUAAAUGCACUCGCUCAAAAGCCAUUGAUGCGUAAGAGCUACCAGAAAGUGCCUUUUCAGUUCAAGGACAUUGAAACAAGCCAAGAAAAGCAACCUCUGGAUCAGACAGAUUCUUUUGAUAAUGGACCUCAGCAUGCAACCGUCUCUUCUACUGUAGGUGCAAGUAACCCGAUGUCUAAUGCUCCAAAGCCCCAUGUUGUUAAAGCUCAAGCUGUAUUGAUGAAAACCUCUCUGAGCGGCACGAAUACUUCAGCAAGACUUACAAAUAAUGGAGCUGUUUUCCUUCAGAACCACCCUAAAACGGGGUACGGUGGGUUGACGGUUGAUAAAGUUCAGUCAAAAACAUCUCAGAAGUGGACUUCAAGUAGGCUUGCUUCAGCACAUAGCUUGAAGAAACAUGAACGUCUGUUGAGUCCGACAAAGGAAACCAAAGACGGAAACACUGCUGGAAUAACACAAUCAAAUAUUACUGAAUCUUACAGUCCCAUGAGAUUGCGGCCGACGAGCAGCACUGUAAAUAAUAGGUGGGCCGAAGUGACUCAAGAAGGAAAGAGAUCUGAAGAAAUUUCAAACCAUCAGAAUGUCUCUGCCAUCCCAACCUACCAAUCUGCAAUAUAUAGAGCUGCUGACAUUAACAGACAUAAAACUAAUAGCUCCGCAAAGCUCACUUACCAGUCACCUAUACACAGAUCUUCUAUAAAAACUCCUGGCAAAGCUAACCUAAUACAAAGCCAGGGAUCAAGACCCACAAGCAGCUUUGUAGUAGGAAGGUACAUUAAUAAAUUUGAUAAAACCUCAGCCAAAUCAAACAUCAACAUGUCUUCUACAAAAAUGGGCCUAAACGCUUAUAAACCAGUUCAGUUUUCAGAUAUAGCGGGUAGCGCCUCCUUCACUAACGCUGCUGGCAACACGGCAAAGAAAGAAGUGGAUCCUGAAAGCAAGCAAUACCGCUCCAAUUCAACAUCAGUGAUAGAGGAAAGUAUGAUCUCAUCCUUACAAAAUGAAACUGAUGACCGUACAGUGGAUUUAAGUGUCCCUGAGCUUAUGCCAACUGCUGCUAUAGCCUUCACCAAACAAUCACCGCUGCCAUUUACAGAAGAAUAUACUCCACGUCAGCCAACUGUCUAUUCCUCCUGGGAUCUUGGGAAUCUUACCUCACCUACAGCAGAGGGUACCAAUCCACUUUCUGAGGGAACAUUGAUACCCAAUACAACUUUGCUGGUCAAACUGACAUCAGAUUGAGGUCUGUCUCUUCACGUUUUCUACUGUAUGUACUCCAGUGGCAACUGUCAUUAACCCCAACAGACUUAAAUGUGAAGUGUUUUUCUCUUCUGUAUUUUAGAUGGCACCAGAUCUGUUGUCACUUUCACUUGCAUUAAAUUUGUGAGUUCUGA